AUGGCUCCUGGGAAGCCCCGCGGGGGGCUGCAGCACCGGACGGCUGCCGAAGAUAGAGCCAAUGCCCGACGGUCGAUGGUCGCGUAUGUGACAGAUCCAGCUGUGUUGUGGCAGAAUGGCCUGCUGAUGUCUAGGGUAGAUGCAAUCGAUGCCGUAACCGAAAGACGCGAUGUGCUGGCAACCCCCCGUACCCGUGUGCAGCGUGCGAGGAGGUGGGCCAUGCGUGUGUCUAUUCCGAGGCCGAGAAGCGCGUCUCGAUUCCCGAAAGGCGAGCUGACCUGCCUGGGCUGCCUGAGUCCCCCAUCGGUGCCUGCGGCUGACUUCCCUUCACCAGUUACUUCCGCCAGCUCCAGUCUCAGGCCCAGUCGCGUCGUCGAGGCACAUGAAACUCGCACGCCUUCCAACCCCAACCCGACGACAACCGUCCAGAGCAGUCCCUACAACAACGCCGAGGUGCCUCUUGAGCGUGACCGUGACGACUGGUGGUACAAUGGCACCGAACACCUCUUUCUCAACCGAUCGGGCGAGCACCACUUUGUCGGAGCAUCAUCAACCACCCACCUAGCCAAGCGAUUGAAUCCCACCUCGACCAAUCUAGCGUGGGAUGUGCGUCCACUCUACGACGACCCUUCGUCGCUUCGUCGCGCGGCACCUCGGGUCCUUCCUCAACUCCCUCCAUUCGAGUACGCCAAGCGACUCUACUGGGUACAAUACGUCUAUAUCGGAACGAUAUUCUCCCUCAUCCAGCCAGACGACUUCGAGGAGCGACUGCAUAUUGUCUACAACCAGCCCCCGGACCUUCUGAGCAGGGAGUCAUGUCUAGUAUACUGCCAGGUGCUGCUGGUCAUAGCGUUUGGCUUGAUGUACUCGGUGAAUCAAUGGUCUGGCGACGAAGGCCCUCCGGGCUUCAAGUACUUCAAACACGCACUGCGAUUUCUACCCGACAUCCAUGAGGAAGGAUCUAUCUUCUUUGUCGAAGUCCUGUGUUAUGUUGCGUACUAUAUGCAGAAUCUCAAUCGGAGAGAUGCAGCGUUCCUCUACAUUGGUCUUGCUCUCCGCAUGGCUAUUUCGUUGGGCCUCCACCAAGAGGUUCUAGAUCCGGGCAUCGGUGAAGAGGAUCGAAACCGGCGGCGGCGGGCGUGGUGGUCCGUAUACAGUCUAGACAGGCUUCUUUCCGUCAAGUCCGGAAAUCCAAUCACGAUCCAUGAUGAAGACAUAGGAACCACAUGGCCCCAGCCUAUUAGCGCGACCGAUGUCGUUCCUUGGCCGUCUGUUGUUCUCACAUACUAUACCCAGCUAUCGAGAAUUCUGGGCAGAAUAGGAGAAGAAAUCUACCGGAAAAAGCCACGGUCUGGCUCCAAUCUCCUCGCCUCUGUCCAAAGCAUCACGGAUGAGCUUUCCGACUGGCUACGCCGUAUUCCCGAUCGGCUGCGGAUAGACUUCUCAAGACUGGGCACCCAUAUCAACCGCGAGUCGGUGUCAAUUUUUCUACACUUCUACUCAUGUGUCAACAUGACCGCACGACCCUUGGUCUUCUAUGUGAUUCAGAGGCAACUCGAUGCGGAAGCAGGCAGCGCAACAAAUGAUUGGAGGCAGGGGUUGUCGCAAAAUACCGUAGCAGUGAUUGAAAGCUGCAUUGCGGCAGCCCGCGCGACCACACUCAUCAUGGACGCUGCGGCAAAGCACAACCUAAUCGCAACCUACGGCUACCUGGACGGCGAGUACGUCUUCUCCGCCGCCCUUCUCCUGGUGAUGGUCAACGCCGCAUUCCCGCACAACGAAGCAAAUGCUCGAGCGAUGGAACUAUCAAUGACCUUGCUUCGCAAUAUGGCGGAUCGAGGAAACACCAAUCUGGCUGCUCGUCACUCUCUGCUUCUCGAGCUGCGCUCUUCCAUCGGACCCAACCGGGCCAGGAAAGAUGGUGAAGUCGCCGAUGCGCCCGUCACACCCAGUAGCACGCAGCAGACGCCGUCGAACCCUGUCGUCGAACCCCCUGCGGGCACUACGAUGUUGGCACCGCACCAGGAUCUGCCCUCAAUGCAGGAGAUAUCAUUUAACUUUGAUAUCAAUGAUGAUCCCGGGCUGUGGGAGGAGGUGUUGGAUCAGAUCGAUAUUGACAUGGAUACGGACUGGAUUGAGAAUACUCUGAAGAGACAGCAAACUGGCGAGUUUUAG